UUUGACGGGCGUCGGACGGAAUUUGCGCGCGCAAUGAAUCAGGCACCAGUUUCCUGUUUGCCUACCAAUUCUAAAAUGUCGAAGGCGAAAAAGGUACUGGAAGAAUCAAAGGAGAUCCAGAAUCCCGAACUGGAUCUGGCCGACAAGGGUGUGUCCACGUUCGAGGAGAUGCCCGGCUUAUUUACCAUGAACUAUGUUACAAGACUUACAUUGAGUCACAACAAAAUUAAAAGUGUUCCUCCUGGUCUUGCAAAUCUUACCAAUUUAGAAAUUCUCAACUUGACCAACAAUCAAAUAGAAGAGCUUCCAUUGUCAUUAUCAUCAAUGCCCAAACUGAGAAUUUUGAAUUUGUCAAUUAAUAGAUUGUACACAUUGCCAAGAGGAUUUGGUGCUUUUCCUGUUCUUGAAGUUUUGGACUUAACAUAUAAUAACUUAAGAGAUGAUUCAUUGCCAGGAAAUUUCUUCAUGAUGGAAACAUUACGAGCAUUAUAUUUGGGUGAUAAUGACUUUGAACAUCUCCCACCAGAAAUUAAGAACAUGAAGAACCUGCAAAUUCUUGUUUUGAGAGAAAACGACAUUUUGGAAUUACCUAAAGAAUUAGGUGAAUUAACUCGUUUGAGGGAGUUACAUGUUCAAGGCAAUAGGUUAACAAUUUUACCCCCAGAACUUGGUAACUUGGAUAUGUCAUCCAAUAAAUCUGUUUUCAAGUUUGAAGGCAAUGAAUGGGUAGAGCCUAUAAAAGAUCAGUUAAGACUGGGUCUGAAUCAUUUAAUGGACUACCUUAAAAGUGAUACCUACAAAAUAAUGUACAAGAGAUAUCAGACAAAUAAGCCUCCACCUCCUCCUCCAUGUGUGGACAAGAGCAAAAAGAUUUCUAGAAUUCGUUAAUUCUAUCAAAAUUUUAAUAUGAAAGCUUUAAUAUGUGUGCCUAGAACUGCCUUAUUAGUGGUUAAGAUAAUAAUAUUAUAGAUAUGAAUAUUUAUAUUGUAUUGUAAAAUCUCUUUUUUUAUACUUACUGUUUGUUUUGUCACUUAAUGAUAAUAAUGUCUAUAAUUUUGAAAGUAUUAAAUUACAUUACUAAAAUAUUAAAUUUUAAAUUGACAAAAUUUAUUUAUAAAAAAAUUAAUAAAGUAUUUACAAAGUA